AUGGGCGGAUAUUUGAGCAUAACGGUAAAUAUUUAUAAAACUACUUGUAAAUUUUAUAUUCAGGUCCGUGGAUACUACUACAUCAAACACAAAGUCAAACUGGAGCAUCCUUAUUUGCCUUGUAUCAUUGAAUUUGGAGGAGGCCGUCACCGUUCUUACUACCCGUUGGAAGUUCUUUCUGUGACUGAGAAUAAGAUGAAAAAAUGUUUUUGAUUUUUUUCAAACAUAUUUUUUAAUUGUUAAAUUGUUUUGUCAAGUAAAUAUUAUGAACAUAGAAAAUUGUACUGCUGUAUUCAAACUUUUGCCUAGGAACUUAAGGUUUUCCCAUGA